CGUUAACGACUCCAGACUCCCACCAACGCGCGCCCCGUCUGCAGUACUACAGUCUCCACCAUUAGCUGCCUAUUGCCUCGGGAGAUUUCAUAAAAAGACCCACCACAGAUUAUUUCAUUUGCGGCUACUUGGAGCUUUUGACAGGAUGGCCAGAUCGGCGCGUAUCCUCUGUGGCAUGGUUUUCGUCCUUGGGCUGCUGUCAUCUCCAGUGGUUUCCAAAAGGAUCAGGGGCUCCCAAGGCGCCAUCCCUCAUCCUGACAAAAACAACCGAAACGAAUCGGAGCAGCAACCACAGACACCGCAGGCGGGCUCUGGUUCCCGAGGGCGGGGAAAGAGCUCUGCUGCACCGGCUGAGGAGGUGCUGGAGUCCAGCCAAGAAGCGUUGCAUGUCACGGAGCGCCGCUAUCUGAAACGUGACUGGUGCAAGACCCAGCCACUCAAACAGACCAUCCACGAGGAGGGCUGCAUCAGCCGCACCAUCAUUAACAGGUUCUGCUACGGACAGUGUAAUUCUUUUUACAUCCCCAGACAUGUCCGCAGGGAAGAGGGAGCCUUCCAGUCUUGUUCAUUCUGCAAGCCGAAACGAUUUACAACCAUGACCUACACUUUGAACUGCCCGGACCAGCAGCCGCCCACCAAGAAGAAGCGCAUCCAGCGCGUAAAGCAGUGCCGCUGCAUAUCCAUAGAAUUGGACUAGUCCUGUGGUGUGAUUGACCGGGAUGCAGCCAAUAAGUCUGCUCAUCAUACCGCUAUUGGAUUGCUCACAUGAACGAAAAAACCCAUAUGACUGACUGGGAGCAUAUUUCCCUCUUCCAAAUAUGGGAAAAUGUUCAAUCUGCAAGGAAAGUAAUAAAUUACAAACAUGUGCAUCCCAUGUUAUAGGCUUGUGUAGAUAGGCCUAUACGUGGGCAUACUAUUUUGUAAACAAAGCCUGCUGUACCAUAUACUUUUAUGUGUCAAAUGUUGUAUUAAUCAAAUUGCAAUAGCAGCCUGUGGCAAGCAACGUUGCAUGGUAUAAUAACAUGGAAUGAACACAACAAGCUGCCGAUUGACUUGUAACCAAGCGCACGGCUUUUCCAACCUCCGCAAAUAGGACUGCAGAACCAUUUCACAGAGGAUGUUUACACUCUUUUGGACAGAAACAUCCUUAGGCAAUCACAACAAAUUUCAAUGGAAGGGAAUAUGACGGACAAUGCAUUUAAAUAAUGGUUGAAGACUAGUUUCCACUAUGUGGAAUUCGAAGAUAAGUGACGACUAUUUAAUGUGGCAAGAAUGCUCCACUGAUUUGUGACUCCAAUGUUCAGUAUAGCCUAGCGGAGAAAAGAGAGCUUUUGUAAAGUAUGCUAGGCCUAUACCUAUGUUCGACGCUAUAAAUCGAAACAAACAAAAUGUUUGUAUUAGUUUGACAUUUAAAUAAAAAUGGUCGAUGUUCA